AUGAAUAAUACAAUUCCUAUAUCAAUUUUAAAUAUAUCAAAUCAACUAUCUCCUACUCCAAUUAAUGAAAAUCUGGAUAUUAAUGAUCCAGAAAUCGUAGAGGAAGUUUUGAAGUAUAUUGGUAAAGCUGGAUAUCACAGAAUUACAGAUAUCUUACUUUUUAUACUUCCAGAUCUUAUAAAUCGACAUGUUAUUAAUCCUGAUAAUCCAAUUAUUAAUUUACGAAUAUCUGGUGAUGGGAGGAACGUAGGAUGUAAGGUUAAACAUGUGAUUAUUACAUGUGUAAUAUUAGAUAAUAUUGCGAACCUGCAUAAAUCUGAUUAUCAUUAUACAAUUAUUUUAUAUUCAGGAACUGAAAAUUACGAAUUACUACAAAGAAUGAUAGAACCAAUAUCUAACGAAUUAAAUGAUUUGGUAUUGAAUGGAUUAAGAGAUUCAAAUGGUACAAUAUGGACAAUCAAUCCAUAUUUUAGUAGUGAUUAG